AACAUUUUCCAGAUUCAACCAACGAAAAAGCCCUUUCAACAUCUUUUUACAGAUUGCUUUCUGACAAGCUUUGAGAUAUUGAUCUUCUCUUCAUCAUACUAAGAUGGAUUCUUCUUUUCUCUCUAGUUUUUGUGUUGCUGCCAUAACUUUCUUCACGCUUUUGGGUACAAUAUAUUUCAUGUUUUAUAGAAAAGUCAAAUCCCAUCAAGAAAACAAAACAAUAGCUUCUUCUCCUUCUUCUUUAUCUCUUUCAUCUACUCCAUCUUCUUUGUCUCGAAAUCGGAAACACGAUGUCUUCCCCAGCUUCCACGGGGCAGAUGUUCGCAAAAACUUUCUUGCUCACAUCCUAAAAGAGUUCAAAGGAAAGGGAAUCGUUCCAUUCAUUGAUAAUGAUAUCGAGAGGAGCAAGUCUAUCGGUCCUGAGCUCAUAGAAGCUAUAAAAGGAUCGAAGAUCGCGAUCGUCUUGCUCUCGAGGAACUACGCUUCUUCGUCUUGGUGCUUAAACGAGUUGGUGGAGAUCAUGAAUUGUAGAGAAGAGUUGGGUCAAACAGUGAUGACCAUUUUCUAUGACGUUGAUCCAACAGACGUAAAGAAGCAGACAGGAGAUUUUGGGAAGGUCUUCAAGAAAACGUGUAAAGGUAAAACCAAAGAGGACAUUAAGAGAUGGCAAAACGUUUUGGAGGCUGUGGCAACAAUCGCUGGGGAGCAUUCCUGUAACUGGGAUAAUGAAGCAGCCAUGACUGAAAAAAUCGCCACUGAUGUUUCAAACAUGUUGAAUAGAUACUCACCGUCAAGAGAUUUUGACGGUUUCAUUGGGAUGGGGGCUCAUAUGAACGAAAUGGAAUCGUUGUUAUGCCUAGACUCUGAUGAAGUAAGGAUGAUUGGGAUUUGGGGUCCGUCUGGGAUAGGGAAGACUACCAUUGCCAGAGUCUUAUAUAGUCAAUUUUCUGAAAAUUUUGAAUUGAGUAUCUUCAUGGAGAAUAUCAAGGAAUUGAUGUAUACAAGACCAGUGUGUUCUGAUGAGUAUAGUGCAAAGAUUCAGUUACAGCAACAGUUUUUGUCCCAAAUAAUCAACCACAAGGAUAUGGAGCUUCCUCAUUUAGGAGUUGCACAAGAUAGGUUGAACGACAAGAGGGUGCUUAUUGUUCUUGAUAGCAUUGAUCAAUCAAUACAACUAGAUGCUAUCGCAAAAGAAACUCGGUGGUUCGGUCAUGGAAGUCGGAUUAUCAUCACAACACAAGACCAACGGCUUUUGAAGGCACAUGGCAUCAACCAUAUUUACAAGGUGGAGUUUCCAUCAGCAUAUGAAGCUUAUCAGAUCUUUUGUAUGUAUGCUUUUGGCCAAAACUUCCCUAAAGAUGGUUUUGAGGAGCUUGCGUGGCAAGUUACAAAACUUUUAGGUAAUCUACCUUUGGGACUAAGAGUUAUGGGAUCCCACUUCCGAGGAAUGUCUAGGCAUGAGUGGGUAAAUGCAUUACCAAGGUUAAAGAUUCGCCUUGAUGCUAGUAUUCAAAGCAUUUUAAAGUUCAGUUACGAUGCCUUAUGUGAUGAAGAUAAAGAUUUAUUCCUUCAUAUAGCCUGCCUUUUCAACAAUGACGGAAUGGUGAAAGAUUAUCUUGCUUUAAGUUUCUUAGAUGUGAGGCAAGGGCUUCACCUCUUAGCUGAGAAAUCUCUCAUAGCAUUAGAGAUUUUUUCUGCUGACUAUACACAUAUAAAGAUGCACAAUCUAUUAGUGCAAUUAGGUAGAGACAUUGUCCGUCAUAAGCCUGGGCACCAAUCCAUUUGUGCGCCUGGGAAGCGUCAAUUUUUGGUUGAUGCUAGAGAUAUUUGUGAAGUACUCACUGAUAACACGGGUAGUAGAAAUGUUAUAGGUAUACUUUUCGAGGUAUAUACCCUAUCAGGCGAAUUAAAUAUCAGUGAGAGAGCUUUUGAAGGAAUGUCUAACCUCAAGUUCUUAAGAUUCCAUGGCCCAUAUGACGGCCAAAGCGAUAAAUUGUACUUACCGCAAGGGUUGAAUAAUCUACCUCGGAAACUUAGAAUACUAGAAUGGAGCCAUUUUCCAAUGAAAUGUUUGCCUUCCAAUUUUUGUACGAAGUAUCUAGUCCAGCUAUGUAUGGGGUACAGCAAACUUCAGAACUUGUGGCAAGGAAAUCAGGUGCUUGGUAAUCUCAAGAGGAUGGAUUUGUGGGAGUCUAAACACCUAAAAGAGUUACCUGAUCUCUCAACUGCCACUAACCUUGAGAAAUUGACUCUGUUUGGAUGCUCAAGUUUGGCGGAGCUCCCCUCCUCUCUUGGAAACCUUCAGAAAUUGCGAAUGUUGAAUUUACGAGGAUGCUCAAAGCUAGAGGCUCUUCCUACUAAUAUCAACUUGGAAUCUCUCGAUGACCUUGAUCUCGCUGAUUGCUUACUGAUCAAAAGUUUUCCUGAGAUCUCUACAAACAUUAAGGAUCUCAUGCUCACGUACACUGCAAUAAAAGAAGUGCCUUCGACGAUCAAGUCAUGGUCUCAUCUUCGUAACUUGGAAAUGUCAUACAAUGACAAUCUCAAGGAAUUCCCACAUGCUCUCGAUAUCAUCACAAAGCUUUACUUUAACGAUACAGAAAUACAAGAAAUUCCUCUGUGGGUUAAGAAAAUCUCUCGUCUUCAGACACUUGUACUAGAGGGAUGCAAGAGGCUGGUAACAAUCCCACAACUUUCAGAUUCCUUAUCAAAUGUAACAGCCAUAAAUUGCCAGUCACUGGAGAGACUUGAUUUCUCCUUUCACAAUCAUCCAAAAAUACUUCUCUGGUUUAUUAAUUGCUUCAAGCUGAAUAAUGAGGCGAGAGAAUUCAUCCAGACUAGUUGUACCUUCGCAUUCUUACCCGGUAGAGAAGUUCCCGCAAACUUCACUUACCGAGCUAAUGGGAGUUCCAUAAUGGUAAAUUUGAAUCAAAGGCGCCCUCUUUCUACGACCUUGAGAUUUAAGGCUUGCGUCUUGUUGGAUAAAAAAGUUGACAAUGACAAGGAGGAGGCCGCCGCUAGGGUAACAGUUGUGUUUCUGAGCAUCAGGGAGAAAGGUAAAAUUGGCGUCACUGUUUCAUGGAGACCUGGAUAUCCCUUUCACGUGCCUCCCAUUUUAAGAGAGCAUUUGCUCAUCUUUGAGUUUGAAGCUGAUGUGACGUGCAACGAGCUUUUAUUUUCGUACGACAUCAUCGGAGAAUGUGGAGCGGUGAUAAAAGAAUGUGGAGUACUCCAACUCUAAGUUCAUUAAUGUGAUGGAAAAACAACACAAACCACCAUGUCCUAAGACUUCAGAACUUCAGAGGAGAACAAAACACUGAUUAACUGAUCUCCAGCAAAACAAAAAAAUCCUCCAUGCCGAAGCAGCCAAUGCAGGUGACAACUUUUUAUCUCAUCUUCGUUGCCGCCAAUUUCUUCUAGUUAACAACCGGUUUAAUAUCUCCGAUAUGAUUCAUCUCUGAUUUAGGUAAAACAAUCUCAUCUUUCUCAGUUUCUUGUGAUCUGAACUACAGUUUUUGAAUUUGGUCUCUCUUUGAUUUCUGUAGAGAUGAUUUUGUCGACAUUGAAGAAAUCUUCGACGAACCACGAGCUCUCACCAGGAGUCCACCAGACCGCCUCCGGGAAUGGAGAAAUCCAAAUCGAAGCUGAAAAUAUGGCUU